AUGUAUUUUGAGAUUGAAAAUACUCCCGAGCAUUUGAAAAGGGCUAGGAAAAAGGAAAUUGCUCAAAAGGCGUCUCCUAAGGAAGAAUGUCCAAGACUCGUUCUGGCUCCUUUUUCAAGACCUCCUCAAGUUGUUUUUGAUAACGUUUUAAUUGGAACGACGUGUGAAAAGAACUUGGAGAUAUUUAACCCUACAAAAAAUUUUCAACUGAUAACUCUUGGUAAAUCAUUGCCUCCGGGACUUGUUAUACAAUUGCCUGGAGAAUGUCUGGAAGUAGAACCGGAAACGUGCUACUGCAUCACAAUGCUGUGGACACCGACACAACCAACGGCACUACGUGAAACAAUUCGUUUCACUAAUGACAACAGAGGCAGAUAUGACGUCAUAAUUGUUCUCAAAUCUGUCAUGAAUGUCAAAGUUAAAAAUAACAAUCCAAAAUUUAAGAUAUCUCCUGGUAAAAUUAAAAAGAAAACUGGAAAGAAGUCUCCUGUUGCAAUUUAUAAGAAAAAGGUUGAAGCUAUUUACAACACCACAACAAAAGUUAGGAAAACAGUAAAUCUUGUUCAAUCUACUCAUUAUAAAGUCAUCAACCCAAUGGAUAAAGAGAAUGUAUCUUACAAUGAUUGUUCAGUAGAUUCAAACUUUAAAAAGUGUCCUUUUGACUCACCAACUAGUUUAGACUUAAAUUUUAAUACAUCUGAAAUAUUCUCAAAUGUCCAGAGAGAUAAUAGAGAUAUGCUUCAUGAAACUUAUGAAAAAUCUUACCCUGUUUGUAAUGAGAAAUUUAAUAGUGACAAAAAUAUUUUAAAGCCUUCAAACAAACAAAAUUGUGAGUCCUCUGUCUCUGAUGUCUUUGAUAAUAUAACAUUUACACCACUUAAAAGUGUAGCUUCAAAGAAUGAUAAACUAGAUAAAGGACCAAAAAUAAUAUUUAGUGUAAACUCUGAAAGUGAUUUUGAUGAUAGCUUAGAUGUUCUAACUGGUAAUAAAGAAAAUGAGACACAUUCUAUCAUAUGUAUAGCAUCAUCACAACCACCAAAUAAAUGGUUAACUGUUAACCACCAUACACAGUAUGAAAGUAAUAAUCAAUGUACUGAAACUCCUGCAUUACAAAAUAAAAAAAUUCCCAAUACAUCUUCACCGAAAGAGUUAAACAGUCCUAAUUUCUCGAUAAACACAGAUUUUUCUCGAAUAAGUGAUCUCUCUUUUUUCCCACAAAGGUUUUCAACAGAAAAGAAAAUUAUACCAAGAGUAUAUAACGAAACUAAUGAUAUUGUUGAUAAUGAUAUUGAUUCAAAUAUGAAGAUUAGUUCUGAUACAUAUACAAAAGAGUCACCAAAUACCCCUAUGUAUCAUUAUCCUAAUCAGAUGUACAUGGAUUCAAGACAGCCAAAUCCACCUAAAGAAUCACAUUCUAAAGUUUGUCGACAAGCUUUAUUUAAGGAAUAUUUACAGUCUAAUGAAAAACAUUAUUUAGCUCGCCCUGAACACUUCCUUUGGAACAAUGACUUGAGAGCCGAAAUAAAAUCGCCACCGAGGUCUCUUACUCCACCUUUGCAGUCUAUUCCUGAAGAAAGCAUUCAGUUAUCAGAAACGCAGGUGUUAGACAAGACAGAUCAACAAAUGGCAACUUUUACCAUAAAUCGAACUUUUGAUAAAGCAGGUGAUAAAUCUUCGAUAUCGUCAUUUAAUCGUCAAUCAACAUGGUCUAAGAAAGCAGUAAGAGCAGAGCCAGAACUAUGGAAAAUGCCCACUCCAUUACCAAGGAAAUCUAUGAAAUCAAAAACACAUAAUAUACAAACUGUUACCAAAUCUAAGGACUCCUUAAGCGGAAGAGUUAAUCAAUCUUUUGAUACAAAUGAAAGUAAAAACCAGAACAUUUCGCUGAAUCAUAUAGGAAAUGUUUACUCACAGUCAUUUACAGUUGAUCCAUUCCUUUCAUCAACAUACUUUUAUGAUGAGGAAGCUGUUGACAAAUUUGAAAAUGAAUUUAAAAGAUGGCUUAAUUACAUUUUGACUCCUCCUGCAGAUUUAGACAGCAAUGUAGAACAAAAAAUUGAUGUAGGUAAAGCAUGGAUAGAGAACAGAAAUAAGGAAGUACCUGCAGCUCCAACUAAAGAGCAAGUUUGUAGUGCAUAUCACAACAGUCACAGGCUAGACAGCUUACGAAGAACAGCAAAAGCCUUGUUGUUGAGCCCAGAAAUAUCACAGGUUCUCAUUAAAUUAAAUCUCCAGAUUGAAAAGAAGUUGAUUGCCAUAAGGUCUGACCGAAAUCUACAUUUAGAUAUUGGUUUACAGAAAAUUAUAAUGGAGAUUCUUCUCUCUUACAAUCCAUUAUGGCUUCGAAUCGGCUUGGAGACAAUUUACGGACUUAUUUUGCCUCUUAAGUCUAACAGUGAUGUUGAAGGACUUACUACAUUUAUUAUUCACCGUAUGUUCAAAAAUCCUCAUCUUAAGAACAAACAUUCCAAAUCAACUGCACCGAAUAUGCUCUUGCCUGCGUAUAUGGAGGCUAUAAAGAAAUUUACUCUGAAAAAGUUUUUUAUGCUCGUAUUUUUCUUAGAUCAAGCAAAACAGAAGAAAAUAAUACCUCACGAUCCUUGCCUAUUUUGCAGAAAUGCUGUAUGUAAAGAAAGUAGAGAAAUUAUUUUACGCUUCACAAGAGAACUUAUCGCAGGUAUCGGAGAUAUUACGAAGCAUCUUAGACCACUGGGUUAUAUUGUCUGUCAUAAACAAUCUUACCUUGAUGAAUACAAGUAUGCUGUUCACAACAUAGCAGUUGAUAUAAGAGAUGGAAUCCGAUUAACUAAAGUAAUGGAAAUUAUUUUGAUGAAAAAUGGUUUGGUGAAUCAAUUACGGGCACCAGCAAUAUCGCGUUUGCAAAAGAUACACAACGUGCAGGUUGCGUUGAAUGCAUUGAAAGAAGUUAAUUUUACUAUAGUAGGAGAUAUAUCUGCAACCGAUAUUGCUGAUGGUCACAGAGAAAAGACAUUGUCACUUUUAUGGCAACUCAUACACGUAUUUAGAGCGCCGUUAUUUGAAAAAGCUGCAAACGUUAUUCAGAUGUGGUGGCGGAAAAAAUAUGCGAUUAUUCUAGAAAAAAGAAGAGAAGAGGAAAAAAUCUUAGCUCAGCGUAAGACUGCAGCCAGUAUCAUUCAGUAUUGGUGGCGUAGGAUACAGUAUAAUCGUAUGGUAGAACACAAAAUGCAUCAAGUUACAACUGCAACUAUCGUUAUACAGAAAUAUUGGCGCAUGUGGAUUUGUCGAACUCGUUUAAGGAAGCAAAAGUUGAGUGCUGUAAAAAUUGCCACAUGGUAUAAAGGUGUAAAAAUGAUUAAACAGUCAAAAGAAUUGUUGCAGACGUUGCGAUUACAAAGAGAAAAAAUAAGACAUGAAUCGGCUGUCUUGAUUCAAGUACAUGUCCGGCGUUGGUUAUGCAUGAGGAAAUAUCGUAUGAUUAAAAAUAAAAUCAUAUGCAUACAGAGUAUCAUUCGACAAUAUUUGGUCCGAAAAUGGUACACCAAGUUGCUAAAAUCUGUUAUUAUCAUUCAACAAAAGUACAGAGCCAAAUUAUUAAUGAGAAAAGAAAUUGAGAAUUAUAUUGAGAAAAAGCAAAGUGCUAUAACUAUACAGAGUUACUUUAGAAUGGCUAGACAGCGAAAAUGUUUCAAAGCGCUAAAAAUGUCUGUUCAAACUAUAGAAAGAUAUUAUAAAGCAAAGCUUUUGAUGAGAAAUGACCGAACAAACUAUGUUAAAUUAAGACAGGCUGUGAUUAAAAUGCAGUCUCUCUAUAAAUGUAAAAAAAUACGACGUAAUUAUCUUCGGGACCGCGAUUUAAUUAUUUAUAUACAAAGGAAAUAUAUCGCUAAUAAGAUAAUGAAACAAGAAAGAUCACAAUAUUUACAAAUUCGAAAUGCAACUAUUGUUCUUCAAAGGCAAUUUAAAUCAUAUUUAAAGAUGAAAGUAACGAGAGAACGGUACAUUACACUUAGAGUGGCUGCUAUCAAAAUUCAGAAUAUCUUCCGAUCUUACUUACAAAUGAAAACGCAAAGACAAAGGUACCUUGAAUUAAGAAAAUCGGCAAUAGUAAUACAAACAUAUUACCGUAGUUUGUUAGUAAUGCGACGUGAUAGAACUACUUACUUGAAUCUCAAAAAGUCCGUUUUGGCCGUGCAGUUGAGGUACAGAUCACUGAUUUUAAUGAGAAAAAACAGACAAAAUUACCUAGAAUUAAGAAGUGCCGCUAUUACAUUACAAAAUAGAUAUAAAGCAUUAUUAACAAUGCGAAAAGAAAGAGCUAAUUAUGCUAAAAUAAAGUCAUCGUGUAUUCUAAUACAAAAUGUAUAUAGAGCGCAUAUAUUACGAAAAUAUCAACGCCAACAAUUUCUUUUACAAAAAGAUGCAGCCAUUAAAAUUCAAAAAUGGAUAAGAUGUUUGCAAAAAGGUAAAGAAAUAAAAAAACAAUAUGAGCAAACUAAAAAAGCAUGCUUGGUUAUACAACAUGCGUAUAGGGCUUAUAUUAUUGGAAAGAAACAAAGACAGGAAUACCUAAAAAUGAGAACUGCGAUAAUUUGCAUUCAACGGCAUGCUAGAAGCUAUUUAUUGACAAAAACAAUACGACGUAACUUUAUUAAACUGAAAACUUCCACAAUUACUAUUCAAAGGUUCUACAGAUCGUACUUGGAAACGAAACGACAGAGGCAUUCAUACUUAUCAAUGAAACAGGCGGCGAUCGCAAUCCAGAGUUUUUACAGACGAUACCAAGAAAGUAAAACCAUAAGACAGAAAUAUUGCCAAUUGAGAAGUGCAACACUUUUUGUACAAAAGAAAUACAGAAGUAUUUUGGAUAUGAGAUAUCAUAGAGUCAGAUAUUUAAGCUUAAAACGCUCAGUUAUAGUUGUUCAAAGACGAUAUAGGGCUUUGUUGUCAAUGAGGAAAGAAAGGCAAGCGUACCUUAAAAAAAUGUCCGCGACUAUAUGUUUGCAAAAGAAGUUUAGAGCUAAAUGUCUUAUGAAAGAGGAAAGAAAUAAAUAUUUAAAAAUACUAGAAGCAUGUAGAAAGAUUCAAGCUUCUUAUAGAGCUUACAAAAUGGGUAUUUCACAACGAAAACAAUUUUUAAAAUUACGUCACUCAGCAAUUAUACUACAGCAAAGAUACAGGGCAACGGUUGUGAUGCGAAAUGAAAGGAAAUAUUACUUAGAAAUAAAAUUUGUGACCUUGAAUAUACAAAGGAGAUUUAGAGCUAAUCGAAUGAUGUUAGAAGCAAAAACAAAGUAUUCAAAUAUAUUAAAAUCGUGUCUUACAAUUCAAAGAUUUUACAGAGCGUACGUGAUUGGUCGAAAACAGAGAGAAAAGUAUAUUAUGUUAAAAACGGCUGUCAUAACAAUUCAAAAACGGUUUAGAGAAAUAAUGCACGGUAAAAAGAUAAGAAAUCAUUUUAUUAAUUUAAGAAAUACUGUUAUUCAUAUUCAGCGUUAUGUUAGAGCUAGAAAUGAGAAACGUGAGCUAGCUCGGAGGAGAGCCGUUGAAAAAAUACAGUCUUGGUACCUAUCUAUCAAACAACGUAAUCAAUGUAGAUCUCAAUUUAUAAAUGUUAGACAAAAAAUAAUAACUGUACAGUCUAUUCUUCGCAUGCACAUUAAUCGCAAACAUUUCCUUGCUAUGCGAACUGCAGCCAUAACUAUACAAAGGUAUUAUCGUUCAUAUUGCUUAGUAAAAAGAGAAAGAGUAAAGUAUGAGCAAUUCAGGAUUAACGUAAUUAAACUGCAGGCUUAUGUACGGUGUUUCAUUGAAAGGAAACGUUACUUGCGCUUACGUGCUAGUGUCCUAGUAUUACAAGCCAUGUGUAGAUUAAAAGCACACAGAAAAUCUUUAAUGAGACAAAGGGAAACUGCUGCUAUUUGUAUACAAAAAAAUAUUCGAACAUACUUGACUCGAUCUUGGUAUAUACAGUAUCGUAUGCAAGUGAUAUUUGUACAGAAGCAAUGGAGAGGGAAGAUUUUAACAAGACUGUUACGUAUGAAAUUUUUGGCAAUGAGAAAGACUAUUGUGAAAUUACAAGCUCUUGUUAGGGGUCACAUUGUCCGGAAAGCAGUUGCACAUAAGAAAGAAAACUUACUACGUUUGAAAGAAGAAAAGCGGCAGAAUUGGGCAGCUUCAAAAAUUCAGGCACUGUUUCGGGGAAACAAAGCUCGUAUGGCAAGCGGCAGACACGCAUAUGAGUUGCGUCGACGCUGGCGCGAAGGAGCUCUACACUCAACUCAGGAGUCGUUAAAGGAACGGAAUGAGGAAGCGAUGGAGGUCCUUCGAAACAUGUCGGACAUCGAAACUGUGAUACGAGCCUUUAGGUCUCUUGAACUUCUUACUGAAGUACACCCGGUAUUGUAUAAUUCAAACGCCGCGGCAGUUGUGCGCCGUGUAUACAUGUACAUGUCGGUAACAAACAGAUCUAUAUCUAGUGUGGAAGUGCUAAAAUCGGCGGCAUCACUGCUUGUUAACUUGACCAGAUACAAAAUAACGGGACCUAAAAUAUAUGCGAGAGAAAGAAUUCCGCCAGUAUUGAAAUUUAUGUGGCGAUUCAGUAACAGUGAAACGCAUCUAUUUUGUAUACUGUCAACUUACCUCUGGCUGUUCUCCAAGUAUGACGACGUUAAGAAAGAUUUAACAGAGUUUCUACAUGAAACCGAAAACCAAAAAAUACUAGUGACAAUAAAAGGAAAUGUUGUGCGGAUGAAGAGAAUGGCAAACAAUGCUUUGAGAAAUAAAUUCAGUACUCCGCAACCUUCUAAAUAUGGUUCCCACUCAUUAAACCAAUCUUUGCGAGAUUUAAAUCAUAGUAUUAGCAGUAAUAAAGCCUAUUUAUUGCCGGCUCUAGAACCCGACUAUGGUAUUAUUAGACCCGAUAAGCCGCGUUAUUUCCAGGACCCCCAACAAGCCAUCUGCUGUCUCUUUGAAACUUAUGGAUUAUAAUUUUAUUAUUUUUAUUUUAUGGCCUCAUUUAUGUUAGUGAAAUGUAUAUUAUAGACAAUAAUCGUUGGUGUAAACAUUAUUAAUAUAUUUGACUAAUUGUGUUAUAAUUAUGUAAUACACAUUCUGUUAAAAUAGUUAUUCUAAUUUACUUAUUAAAGCUUUUAAAAAUAA